CGAAAAAAAAAACAAAGAAAACAACCCCUCCUCUCCUCCUCCUACAUUUCUCAUCUCUCAUAGUCAUCUCCUUCAAUCCCACCACACCUCAAUAAUACACUCACUCUCUGUAAUUAUGAACCUACAACAGUAAAGUGGAAACCUUCUGCUCUUUCCCUUCCUCCGCUGCCAAGUUCUGCUCUUCGGUCUCCACUGACACACAGAGAAAAGAGCAGGUAGUAGUAGGUCUCUGUACACCAGAGGUGUUCUGGGGAAAGAAAAUAAUAAUUUAUUAUUGUAUUUUUUUUCCUUUAUAAAAACAACAACCAACCCUCUGUACUUUGAGGAAGAAAAGAGGGGAGUAUUGAUUGAUGAUCUUCUCCCCCCCUCUCCAUUACCAUCUCCUCAAUACAUGAAGACUCGCCCAUCAAACUCUUCUCACAAUGGAUGCUGCUACCCACAAACCCCGCUUAGCUUCCCUGAUUGCAUCCACCGACGAUGAACCACCACCACUACAAGACACGGGAGAUAGUAGCCGUCGCGGCCGCGGCGGCGGCGGCGGCGACCCUUCUUCCGGCGAGGAGGAAGAGGAAGAAGAAACAGAACAGGAGAAAAGUUGCAGCAGCGACUCUGGGGAUGAGAUAGUGAAGGCUAGUAGGAGGAGAGGAGAUUCGUCGUCGUGCUCGGAGGAUGUGGAUCUGGAGCUUGGACUUGGCCAGAAUGCGGAGAUUGAUGAUGAUGAGGAAGAAGGGAAGCAGCUGCAUUUGGGUAAUAAUGUGGAGGAGAGGGAUUGCAGGAUUUGUCAUCUGAGCUUGGAUACAGGGAAUGAGGACUCUGGCUUCCCCAUUGAUCUGGGUUGCUCUUGUAAAGACGAUUUGGCCGCUGCCCACAAGCAUUGCGCUGAGGCUUGGUUCAAGAUCAAGGGUAACAAAACCUGCGAGAUAUGUGGAUCGGUGGCGCGGAACGUGGCCGGAGCGACGGAAGCGGAGACGGUGGUGGAGCAAUGGCAUGAGGGCAGUGAUGAAGUGGCGGUGGCAUCGUCAGUAGCAGCAGCUGGGCAGCCGGCGGCGGAGGGCAGCAACGCAGGUCGACAUUUCUGGCAGGGGCAUCGGUUCCUCAACUUCCUGCUGGCUUGUAUGGUAUUUGCAUUUGUGAUUUCUUGGCUCUUCCACUUCAAUGUCCCUUCGUAAUUUGGAAAAUGUAACAAAUGUAAACCUAUAAAAUCAUCCCCACCUCAAGGAAAGGAAAAGGGUUGGCCUGACCUUAAUGGUUCAAGGUUAUGAUAAGUUGUGUAAGGAUCUAUGUAUUGAUCCACAGUUCUAUGGGUUUCAUUAAUCUUGGUGUGCUUGGGAAGUGCCUAAGUGGGUAAUGUUUCUUAAUUAUUAGACAUCAGUUAGUAUCCUCCAAUUUCUUCUUUUUGUAGAAAAUGGAAAAGCAUCUCAGCCUUUGCAUUAAUAACUCUUGGUGGUUUGACCUUGAUUUGAUCAAAUUACUAGCUCGUACAGAAAUAGCGGAUACAAGAACUCCGAGCAAAUGUCUGUACACAUGUUCCAUCCGAACAAGCCAAGGUCUAGUCAAUAAACGUGAUCGACCUCUUAACACGAACUCAAAGUGUGGAUGGUUUAUUUUAGCCGAUCGGAUGAGGUGAAUAGUUGUUUGAGAGUCGGUUUGCAUAAUAAUCGUCCUAAAUUCCAACUCCCGGCCAAUUCUAAGACAAUGUCCAAUUCCAGCCAGCUCUGCAUAGGUGAUGGAACCCCCUCCCUACUUCCCCUCUCGAUUGAAUGAAUAAGCUCUCGAACCGGUGAUUAUUCCAGUUCUAUCCUCGAAUUUCUAACUAUGCUUUGUUUGGAGAUAUUUUGUGGUUGGGAUGGAUGGGGAUACUUUGUGUUUGUGGCAACGGUAGGAUCAUAAUUUACAACCCGUUGGAUCUGGGCUUGGAGUAACUUGUUAUGUUUCCCCGCGCUGAGGGUAGGGGGUAACCGGGUCCCGCGAGCGGGUUCGAUUGAGGUCGUGGGUGGGCCCAGAUCCGAUUUGAUCGGAUUUUGCUUGUGUCUGGAUUGGGCCCGUCGUAUUUGGGUCAUCGCCUCUUGCCGGAGUCUGUGGGGUUGUCCCCCGUGUUAAAAGAUAAUGAUAAUACGAUCCGUAAGGUCCGGCCCACAACUUGUCUAGCAGGACUGGUACGCUGGUAGGGCUUUGUCCUCAUCUUUUCCUCUUCAUCCUUCUCAGUUUUUCACGGCAAGAACUAGUAAAGUUAAGCUAACCGCCCAUGUGUGUGUGCAGUAAGGCGCAGGAAGGGACUUUUUUUUUUUUGUUUGUUUACUUGAACAGUUGAACUAGAGUAAGUAAUUGUAUAUGUCUUGGUCUUGCCUCUUCUGUACGUAGUUACUUGUAAGCUAAAAUGUAGCUUCAUCUUAAGGGUCAAGUAGAUGGUCUCAUCUCAAAUAUCAAUUGAGAUUGUACGGUUGAAACAUUGGUAAUGUACGAACCGAUCGGAAUUUAAGACAACAUAUUGAAAUUCUUUGUGACAACAUUUUGUCAUUAACAUUGCCAUAUACCACUUAUUUUAUGAAGGAACAAAUUGAACUACAUUAA